CUGCGCUCCAGGAGGAGCCGCUAACCAACCAGGAUCCGGAGCGGAGCUGCAGCGUCACAGAGUGACGCCCAGAGCCUGAGCUUAAGAGCAGCGGAGCCUCGACGGUUUGCAACAUUUUYCUCCUGAUCGUGAUCAKAGAAGCAGAAGCAUGGCCAGAACCAAGCAGACCGCCCGUAAGUCCACCGGAGGCAAAGCCCCCAGGAAGCAGCUGGCCACCAAGGCGGCCAGGAAGAGCGCUCCGGCUACCGGCGGCGUGAAGAAGCCUCACCGCUACAGGCCCGGUACCGUGGCUCUGAGAGAGAUCCGUCGCUACCAGAAGUCGACGGAGCUGCUGAUCCGCAAGCUGCCCUUCCAGCGCCUGGUCCGAGAGAUCGCUCAGGACUUCAAGACCGACCUGCGCUUCCAGAGCUCCGCCGUCAUGGCUCUGCAGGAGGCCAGCGAGGCCUACCUGGUGGGUCUGUUCGAGGACACCAACCU